GAAAAUCAACCCGAACCUGCCAACUGGUGGUGACGAAUUUCGCUUAACAUUUUUUCAAUACACAUAAUUGUGCGUAUACAUACGUAUAGUAGCGCACUGCGUCGCAUAAUUUUUGUGAAUUUUACGCUUUUUUAAUAAAUCGCACCGGAACAAGCGCGUAUAUGGCAGAGGCGGCAAGUAGCACACAGUCCACCACCGGUCCAAUUGGUGGAAACAAUGGUGCAGUUCCGGCUGCAAAGAACGCUGCUGCUGCAGCGGUCCCUGGCAAUGCCAAUAGUAAUGCAGCGUCGACGGCUGUGAACGCCACCUCGAAUCCUAAUGCGGAAGUCAUACGGUCACAAAUUUUUGAAGUUGGACCUCGCUACAGGGAUUUAACUUAUAUUGGCGAAGGUGCCUACGGUAUGGUAGUGUCAGCACUGGACACAUUAACAAAUAUAAAAGUUGCUAUAAAAAAAAUUUCGCCAUUCGAGCAUCAAACCUAUUGUCAGCGCACGUUGAGAGAAAUCAAAAUUUUAACCCGCUUUAAACAUGAAAAUAUAAUUGAUAUUCGAGAUAUAUUGCGUGUAGAUAGCAUAGAACAGAUGAGAGAUGUAUAUAUUGUACAGUGUUUAAUGGAGACUGAUCUUUACAAACUACUUAAAACUCAGAGGCUUAGCAAUGAUCACAUUUGUUAUUUCCUUUACCAAAUAUUGCGAGGUUUGAAGUACAUUCAUUCGGCGAAUGUAUUACAUCGUGAUUUGAAGCCCAGCAAUCUAUUGCUGAAUACCACUUGUGAUCUUAAAAUUUGCGAUUUUGGUUUGGCACGUGUGGCCGAUCCGGAUCAUGAUCAUACUGGCUUCUUGACAGAAUACGUCGCAACAAGAUGGUACCGCGCUCCAGAGAUAAUGCUUAACUCAAAAGGUUAUACAAAAUCGAUCGAUAUAUGGUCGGUUGGCUGCAUAUUGGCGGAGAUGCUUAGCAAUCGUCCCAUAUUUCCAGGCAAGCACUAUCUGGAUCAAUUAAAUCAUAUUUUAGGCGUAUUAGGAUCACCUUCAAAAGAAGAUUUAGAGUGUAUUAUAAAUGAAAAGGCUCGUAAUUAUUUGGAAUCACUGACUUUCAAGCCAAAAGUACCGUGGUCACGACUGUUCCCCAAUGCGGAUCCACUAGCCUUGGAUUUAUUGGGCAAAAUGUUGACGUUUAAUCCGCAUAAUCGAAUACCCGUUGAACAAGCGUUGGCCCAUCCAUACUUAGAACAGUAUUACGAUCCGGGCGAUGAGCCUGUCGCGGAGGUGCCUUUCAGCAUCAGCAUGGAACUGGACGAUCUUCCAAAAGAAACCUUAAAAACAUUGAUUUUUGAGGAAACGCUUAAAUUUAAGGAACGGCAACCAGAUCAAGCGGUAUAAAUAUUAAUUAGUGUGUAUAGUUUUCGAAGGCGCUUAAGACACAGUGCAUUUAAGUAAAAAACAUUAAAAAGCCUAAAAAAAAUUAAAAACAAAUCUAUAAAAGAGCCAUUUCAUCAGUCAUCCAGUCAGCCGGCUAAAUACGCGAAAACGUGGUUAAUCGUUGAGUCAGACAUUCGUAAAAAACACUUGCUGAGACAUGCUUAGUGCACUCAGUCAGCCAAUCAAUUAAGCAUACAAAUUAACUUUCUCUAAAGCACGUUGCCGUUAAUUUUUGGCAUAUUUUUCAUUGUGAUUCUCGUUACAUAUACAUAUAUAUAAAUUGCACUCUUCAUCUUCGUCGUGGUCGUGGUCGUCAUAUAAAAUUAUUUUCUAAACUAAUAAGAUAAAUCAAGUAUUUUAAAUGUUUUCCUGUGUUGUAAACAUUGUUCUUGCAUACAAUAGUAAUACCUAUAACUUACGAGCAUUCAGCAAAUGAAGUAAAACAAGCAUAAGUAGUUACAAAAGUACGUAAAUUUUAUAUCAAAAUACCAUUUACCAUUUAAAAAAGUUGUUCUUCAUUAGCAAAUUCUAUACAUAAAAGAGAAAAGUAAUAAUAAAACAAACAUAAAAAUGCAUUAAAAGUGAACGUUUUUUCCGUUUUAUGCGCCUAAAUUGUUGAGUGUCGGCGAAAAUAAAUUUAUAAAAAUAAUAACAGUAAUAUGUGAAUAUUAUUAAAUUAGCCAAAAAACGUUAAUACAACCAAUUUAAAUAGUAAAAGGCGAUACAAAGAAUACUACAAAUACAAGCAGCAGAUGUACGAGAAGCAACCAGCAUAUAUAAAAAAUGUGAAUAAGUAAAAUAAAACUAAAAAGCGAACGUUUGUGACUAGUAGAAUUUACGUAUUACAUUUUUUUUCGCUAUUUGUGCACAUAUUUAUAUUUUAGCGUUUAGAAAGAAAAAAAAACAAAUUCUUGCAGAAAACUACAUAGUGAAAUUUAACUAAAAAUGGCAAAUCCAAUAAAUUUAAUAAAAAGAGAAAAUAAAUAAAAACAAAAAAUUAUAACAAAAAGAAAAACUAAUUAAAAACAAAAACGCGAAAAGACAAAAUGAAGAUUGCUUUAAGUUAAUAAGAUAAGAGUGAUCGCAAAAGGCAUACACAUCAUUUGAUAGCGUAAAGAAUGUAGUAGUGUAUAAAAAAAUAAAUAAAUACAAAUCAAAUUCUAUGCAAUGGUUUUUUGAACACACAAAUAUGUUAAUAUUUGUAUAAACUAUACGUUUUUUUAAUAUCAUUCUAAGCUGUAGCAAACUCCCCAACUUGGACUCGUUAAAAAAUCAAUUUACCGAGUAUUAUAUAAAUGCAUACAUAUGUAGAUGACAUAUACAUAUAUUACAUAAAUGAACAGUAACUACUUAAUUACUAAUUUAUUUAAUUAAAGUGUUGUUGUGGUCUGUGCAAACAACAAGUUUAAGUCAUAAUAUAAGAUAAUUUCCAAAGCUAUUAAAAUUAACUUUUUAACUUUUGUAAAACCCAACCGCGACACUAUAUUACUUAUAAGUGACACCACAGUAUUAAAGGCAUUCUUCAAAAACAGCGUUCUAACUGUGCAUACUUUGUAAACAUAGAUAAAAUACUUGAGUUUUAGCUUUUUGUGCUUAGUCUAAAAUUGUAGCAAGUUUUUGGUAAAAGAAAUAUAUUAAUAUUUGGUUAUGUACAAAAUAAAAGAAAUUAGCUUAACAGUCACCAUGGAAGCUCACAAAUUUAGCAAUUUAAACAUUUUCAAGUUGUAAAAUAUAUUUAUACCCUGAACAGGGCAUAUUAAGUUUGCCACGAAGCUGGAAAUACCCAAAAGGGAGUUCUAUAAAGUGUGUAUAUAAAUAAUCAGCGUGACGUGCUAAGUCCAUUUAGCCAUAACCAUCUGUCCGUCUGUAUAUAUUCGAACUAAACCCUCAGUUUUUGAGAUAUCGAUUUGAAAUUAGGCGUACGUCCUUUACACCUCAAGAAGCUGUUUAUUUGUGUGUUGCAAUCGUCGAUAUCGAACUAAUAUAGCAUAGCGCGUUCUUGUAUGGAAAAAUUUUGUAUUGGAGAAGAUAUCCUCGCGAAAUUUAGCAUAGAUUAUUGGCUAAAGCAACGGUAUAAUAUUUUAUUUUUUUUUUUAGAUCAGACUAUAGCUGUCAUACAAACUAAUCAAUCAAAAUCAGGUUGUUGUAUGGAUAGUUUUUUAUUUCAGAAGAUAUCUUCAAGAAACUUGGCAUAAAUUAUUGUCUAAAACAAUGCUACAAUAUCCGAGAAAAUUUUCAGCUCGGACCACUUCAGCAUAUAGCUGCCAUACAAACUAACAGAACUUGUGAAGAACAUUUUUAUAUUUGUGAAGGGUAUUUUAUCGGUGCUACCCGAGUUAACGUUUUUUUCUUGUUUUUAUGUUUAAAUGUACAUACAUACAUAUGUGGUGCUCUUCAUAUAGUAAUUAUAAAUUGUAAGCAAUUACUGAAAAAGUUGUAUGCCAAAUUACUUUCAAGAAACGUGAAAAUUAAUAAAUCAACAACUAUUACUUAAAUUACGCAAUACAAUUUAAUUUUUAUUUGUUUGCUACUGUGUAUAAUUAUGUACAUAUGUCAUAUCUACAUUUUUAAAAAUAAACAGUGUUAGAACUGUUUCGAUUAUUAGGCGUUUUUGCAACCAAUAUCACUGUUUUUAUUUAAGUUUUCUUUCAUAAGCAUUAUUUCUCACACUUUGAUUGUAUUGAAUUUUUAACGCGUAUAGUUCUAGUGUAAACAUAUACAAGCUUACGUGUUAUUAUUUUGUAAGAAUUUAAUGAAAAAUAAUCAGAUCUCAAACGUAUAGAAACCACAAUUGAAAACAAACACACUUGCGUAUAGACAAAUAUACAUGAUGACAUGUAUAACGGUAUAUAUUACAUUAGCGUUAUUGUUGCUGUUGCCUAAGUACCUUAUUGAUGUGCGUGCUGCAAGCAAUAUUGCUCGCAUUUGUAUUCUCUUAGUUUGUAUUGUAUUUUAUUUUUUCUUAAUUGCCGAGUGUCACUUUAUAUCGCGGUUUGUUGUCUUUGUGGUGGAUGCGCCUAUGCUUUUCGCUACAACCAAUAUAUACAUACAACUAUAUUUUUCUGUUUAUGAGAUCAAGUAAUGAAUCACAUUAAACUAAAUUUUCGUACAUCAUAAAAUAAAUACAUUAAAAAAUACAUAUGUCAUGUUGUAAGAAUCCAAUGUAUGUAUGUACUACAUAAAACUGUAGGUCGUAGGCAUUUACAUGAAUACAUUCAUACAUUUCAAUAAAAACAUAUGUAACAUAUUUAUCUAGUUGAUUAUUUUCUCAUACAUACGGACCCUGAAGUUUCAGUUUUUGCACUAAAAAAGUUGAAGUUACGCGUGAAAUGUACUGUACACCGUGUCGCAUGAGCAACAAAUAAUGUAUAAAUCACUUUCAUGAAUGCUCUUCUUUAACUGCGUAACUUUUAAGGCAAUAUUUUUAUAAAAAAAAUCACUAAGGCCUUUCUAGUAGAGCGGAAAAUUAAUAGAUUAUUCCCGUUGGAUCCUUAGUAUUAGGGCAAAAAUUUAAACUUCAGUGGCAGUUUACAAAAAAAAAAAACAAUAAACUUGGGAAAUAACGGACACCCGAAAAUACAUUUAUAUAUACUUACGUAUAAUAUAUGCAUAUACAUAUGUACAUAUAUGUUUGCUUUAAUUAACAUGUGUAUAUGCAAACAUAGAUAUAUGGAGUUUUACGUGUAAACCUUAAAAUUAAUAUUUUGAUUUAAAAGAUCUAAAAUAUUUUAUUAUAAUUGCCUUUGCUUACAGUUUGUAGCAAAUAAUUUUUUUUUCAUAUAUAUGUACAUAUUGAUAUAUAUUUUACGUAUUUAAGUUUUUAAUUGAGAAACAUUGAAAAAAUGCUUGAAUCUGUACAAAUUAUCAGCAGUUAUUUGGAAAUAUUUAUGUACAUAUUGCGAUACGUAAGACAUGUUGUGCGAAAAUUGAGCAAAAACAACAAAUAAUAAAAACAUUUAAAUACAUAAUUUU